CUCGUCAACGCAUGCAUACCAUAUACACGUCCAACAAAGAUGUACCUGCUGAAACGAGGCAUCGAUGCUGUAUCUUCGGCCACCACGUCAACCCGUACCCGUCUAGUGCAGCUUGAAGCCAAAGCUUCAGCAACACAAACCGACCUUAACAAGCAACAAGCCAUUGCGACCGAAAUGAUCAAGAUUGCCCCGACUUCUCUCAAAGGAUACCUUCUGGCCGGUCGCACUCAUCUUAAGCAAAAAAAUUACGAAGUUGCAUUAGCCGUCUACAAGCAAGGGCUGGAGCUCGUGCCCAAUAUCGUUCCCAGUUAUUCGUUGCUACAGCGCAACUAUGACGCGGUCCAGGCUGAAUUGAUGAAACGACAAAAACUACAACGACUACCAUCAUCAGCGAGGAAUCAUCAUCAACAACAACAAAAACAUCAAGAUGCGAUAAACCAACAACACUUGGACACAGUCUCCUCUACCUUUGCUUACGACAUCAUAUCCUUAAUAUUCAGCCACCUGUCGGUUCACGAUCUGAUAAAGUGCACAUCAGUGUGUGAUUCAUGGCGCCGAUUUAUUAUCAAAUGGCCUGUAUUUUGGCAAUUAAUAACCGCAGAAAUUCCACAGCUCGAUCUUAAUUCUUUUACAAUGUAUUUGACGAAUCGUCACCGUGGCCUCAAAUUUCUUGAACAACAGCAUCCUCAUACACACCGACAGAAAGUUAUAUCACGCAAUGCUCUGUCGCUUUUAGUCGCUUUACAAAGCUUUCGUUAUCCAUUGGAAUCACUAUGUAUGUAAACGUACAUUUUCUCCAUUCUUUAUUAUUUGGUGUAUAUUUUGCUAAUUG